CGUGUUGACGAGGGGUGCAAUGCAUGAACAGCCAGUUGUCCUCCAAAUCUGGGUUUAUGGAUUAAAAACAUGAACACUACACGCCAAUGGAAAGGAGGAGCGUUCCUUCCCCCCAAUUUAAGGACUUCAGGGUUCCAGAGGAAGUCUGAGGAAGACAUAACCUUGUGCCUGCCUGACCACCUAUCUCUGGCCUUGUUAACCUCUCAGGGUCUGAGACGCUGACCUCUGCUCAACUAAAGAUUCUAAGGAUUCUGCUUUCUCUCAUUCCAUCCAGCUGAGUGAAAAUAGGGUGUUAUUACACCUUGGAAGAGUGAGGACUGGGAGGUCAAGGCACAGCCAUAGCAAGAGCCCUUGGGGCCCAGACAGAGGAGUGAAUCUGGAACCAUCAGGGAACAUGAGUGAAUUUUGGCACAAACUGGGCUGCUGUGUGGUAGAGAAACCCCAGCCGCAGAAGAAGAGAAGACGAAUUGACCGGACCAUGAUUGGAGAACCAAUGAAUUUUGUCCACCUGACUCACAUUGGCUCUGGGGAGAUGGGGGCUGGAGAUGGACUUGUGAUGACAGGUGCAGUUCAGGAGCAGAUGAGGUCCAAGGGAAACCGAGACAGGCCUUGGAGCAAUUCUAGGGGGUUGUAGCUCCAAUAGAAAACGGUUUUGAUGUCCUGAAGCUCCCAGUCUGUGUCCAGCCUAGAAGAAAUGCUGCCCUCACCAGAUGCCUCCUAGAACCAGUGACCCAAGGCCCCUCUUUUUCCCUAUUGGCCUAACAGUGCCUCAAAAGGCUUAGGGGGCUGGACUCCCCCUAUUCUCUCUGGCUGUAUCCCCUCCUGGAGAUGGGAUCGAGGCAGCAGGGACUGACCCAGUGACUACUAGUUGGCCAUAGAUGCUCAGCUGAAGCCCUGAACAACUCAGAUCUGAGAUAGGAGUUCUUUGGGAAACUGGAAUGAGUUCCCUUCUCCUGAAUGAUCGUCUGAGUACCUCUUGUUUUUAAACUCUUAACCUGGAACUCCUUAAAUGGGGUAGGUAGGUGAGAUAACCAAAGCUGAUGCCAGCUUUGCCAAGAAACUCCCUCUCUCCCUGCCUUUCUCUUUCCUUUGGGAAUGGAUUAAAGCAGACGUUGGGGGUGAGGGGUGACUACUUCCUAGUCUACUUUUUAGAUUUCAGACCUUAAGCUCAUAGCCCCUCAGUCUCGCUGCCAACACCAGGGUAUUUGUCUAGUUAGACCUCUAAUCCUGUGUUUCUGUGGUAGGACUAGCUUCCUAGCAACUUUCCUUUAAAAAAGAUUUAAUUAAAAAUUUGAGUUCUCUUAAUUACUUCCAUUUCCUUCUACUGCUAUUCCUUCUGUCUUGAACCCCAUCCUUGUUAGGAACCUUAGUUAGUGUCCCACUGAGUAAGAGUUAACCUGCUGACAUUCCAUUUAUGUCUUGGGGAACCUGGCCUGUCUUCUGCCACCCUCCCUGCUGGCCCAGGUGAGAGGGAAAAACCCAGAAUGCAACAAAACUAGGUUAUAUUUCAAGGUAGACUUCUGACCGUGAGGACAGGAGGGACGGUAAGAUACGUGAGUUGAAAAUAGUCAUCUUUGAGUUUAGGGAUCUUAUGAUCCUCACAGCAUGGGAACAGGGAGAGGCUCUAGGUUUCUCAAUCCAGAUACUUUUGACAUUUUUGGAUGGAUAAUUCUAUGUAAUCAAGUGCUGUUUUGUGCAUUAUAGGCAAACCUGACUUAUGACAACCAAAAAUGUCUCUAGAUGUUACCAAAUGUCACUUAAGGGCAAAAUCACCUCCAGUUGAGACUCAUAGCUCUAGAGGCAAAUAUAUUUUUCUCUUAAGUGAUUUCUGCCCCACGUCCUAUCCUUGUCCCAUUAUUUACCUUAAACCUGAACCAUAGAUAAAUUAGGACCCCUUGUAAAUUAGGCUCAAUAGGGCUGCACAUAAUUUCCAAAUAAUUCUUUAUUCAAUGUGUUGUUUGUGCUUGUAUGGUGUCAUGUCUUUGUGAUGGACAUGUACUAUAAUUCUCCAUUCUUGUCCCCUUAAGGAGGGGUUCCCUGCAGUGUGGAGACAUGAACAGGGUAGGAUUGGGGAGAGGGGAAGAGAAAAACAGUAGAGACACCUCAGCUUAUCCUCCUUGAGAUAAGUUCUAUUUCUGUGUCCUAGCUCUAAAUACCAAUAAAACUCAGGGAGUUUUGUCUGAAAACCAGGUCCCACUGCCCACAUGGCUGAAAAGUCUACUUUAGAUGGGAAAGCAACAUAGGAGCAGGAGGGAAGUCUGUAAGCACUUUCAGUUUUCUCAGGUGUUUUUAUUCUGGCCCUUUCCUUGCAGGGUAAAAUUAGGAAGGCAGAACAAGACAGGUGAGCUCUUACUCAGAGACAGGGCUGGAGUCUCCCAGCUCUGUAGCUGGAAGCAUGUUUGAUGGUAGUGGGGUCAGGAAUGUGGGAACUGGUAUACCAUCCAUCCAGUUUGCUCCCACCUAGAGAACAGUGGCUGAGUUUUCUACAGUUUUUCAAGAUUGGUUGUAGAAUUAUAAUCCCAAUUUACUCUCAGUUUUAGUUGAGCUAGUCACUAUGAUCAGCAGCCUGAGUGUUAGUUAACAGGACAGAGUGGAAAGGUUGUAGACUCCUGGAAUCUUUGGUCACCAUAAUCUUUAGCCUCAUUCUAAAACCUGUUGUUUGGACAUAGUCUUCUCUUUCAUUUUUGGUGCUCUCUUGCUUUUAGCUACUUUCUCUGAUGUGUAUGCUUAACAACAAAGUGAUGGGAAUGGGUUUGAGAGUCUUAAUUUAUAUUUAAAAACUGUUGAACUUUUAAAU